AUGUCGUCACUUCCUUAUCCGCCAUAUUACUAUACGGCUACUACCGUUUCUCCAACAUCGACGCAUUUUCGCCCAUGUUUGGCGCAAAUGUCAACACCAUCCAGUUCAACAGUGUCAAAUUUUUCAAUUGAAAGUAUCUUAUCAAGACGGGUAUCAGUACCACAACUUCCACCAUUACCAUUAGCAAAUGAUUUUGCUGUUGCUGCAGCUGCAGCUGCUACUAUUGCAUGGCCUAGCAUGCCACCACAUUUCUCAUAUCCUCAUCCCGGUUUUCCGUAUAUCAGUAAUGGUUUCAUCACAUCAUUUCAUCCAUUUCAUUACGGUAGCAAACGAAAACGACGUCAUCGAACAAUUUUUAGCGAAGAACAAUUGCAAAUUUUAGAAAAUGCAUUUCAAGGAACUCAUUAUCCUGACGUAAUGCUACGUGAAAAACUUGCCGUACAAUGUGACCUCAAGGAAGAGCGGGUAGAGGUAUGGUUUAAAAAUCGUCGUGCAAAAGAUCGUAAGCAGAAACGUGAAAUUGAUACAAAAGAUGGUAGAGGACAAAAGAUGAGCGCAUCUGACGAAUCAGAUUACGAGGUAUCUGAUGACGACGAUGACUGUACCAAAGUUAAAAAGCAUCGUCUAUCAGUAAACAAUGAUACGACUAAUAAGAGUACUACUACUAAUAAUAAUCAUAAUCAUAAUAAAAUGAUGGAAAUUAAAAAAGAACCUAAAAAUACAAUUUAG